UCUGCCUGCUCCCUGCUUAGCCUCGGUUUGUAUUUGGGCGCAUUCCGACUUAUCAGAGCAACGGCCAUGUGAGCAAAACUCUGAGAGCUCUGAGCUCAGUUCCAAUUCAGACUCGGAGGCGAAUGCAUUAAAUACUUCAAAAACUUCUAACUGGGAACAACAAUGACGACGUCCCCAAAGAUAAAAACUCUGAUUUCCGGUCGUGGGCUGCUGGAAAUAUUUGUGUUGCUGCUGCUGCUUGCCGUUUCCGUGCCAGGCGCCACUUCAGAUGCGACUGCCGCUAACGCCAGCAGUAGCAGCAGCAGCGAUGGCAAUGCCAAUGUCAACGCCCUGGAUCGUCUGCACGCGGGUCUGUUCCUCAACUACGACAAACAUUUGCAGCCGCUGGACAAGGGCGAACCCGCGACUGUCAGCAUGGCGCUGUCCAUUAACUUUAUUGAUAUUGACGAGAUGAAUGGCAAGAUGACGACACACUGCUGGCUGAAUAUUCGCUGGAUGGACGAGCGUCGCACGUGGCAGCCGCAGGAGUACGAGAACAUUACGGCCAUCCACUUGCAUGCCAGCGAGAUCUGGACACCACAGAUUAAGCUCUUCAAUGCGGCUGGCGAGGAUGAGAGCUACAUGGUGGACACUCAGGCGAUACUCACCCACGAGGGACAGUUCCUGUGGGUGCCACCUGCCGUGUACACGGCCUACUGCAACCUAAACAUGAUCAACUGGCCGUACGACGAGCAGACGUGCAAGCUAAAGAUUGGCUCCUGGGGCGUCAGCCACAUCAAUGCGGAUUACGACAAGUCGGACAAGGGCCUGGACUACGAUGCUGCAAUGCAGUCUACGGAGUGGCAGAUCAUCAAAGGAUCAACGCAAUUCGUGCCGCAGGACUACUACAGCUAUCUGGAGUACACGCUGACGGUUCAACGACGCUCCAACAUGUACACGGCCAUCAUUUACACGCCAGCCUCCUGCUUUGUCAUACUCGCGCUGUCCGCCUUCUGGCUGCCACCGCACAUGGGCGGCGAGAAGAUCAUGAUCAAUGGAUUGCUCAUGAUUGUGGUGGCCUCGUUUCUCAUGUACUUUGCACAGCUGCUGCCGGUGCUGGCCAACAAGACGCCGCUUGUGGUCGUCUUUUAUAGCGCCACUCUGCUGCUGCUGAGUAUCUCCACCAUUGUGGAGGUGGCUGUGCUCUACCUGUCCACGGCCAAGCACAAGCGACGCGUGCCAGACUGCCUCAAGAAGCUGCUGCAUGGCAAACUUGGCUCCUGGCUGCUGCUCUCGCACUUUAGCUCCGAGGCCGAACAGCAGAAGGACAAGAGCAAGGAGAUGGAUGAGCAAUUGUAUGACAAUGCCGAUUAUGAUCCUUCCGAAACGCUGGACAUUAACCCCACGGAGGUGCCCACAUCCCGGGCCAUACAAUUCGAAUGGUCGCUGCUGGCCACGGCCGUGGAUCGUGUCACAUUUUUGGCCUUUAGCCUGACCUUCCUCAUACUGGCCAUUGUGUGUCGUGUGUAGGAGGAUGUGUAACCCCCCACCUGUAUGUAAUUGUAUCUCUUUAUAUCUAUGUAUCUAUAUCUAUGUAUUUUUGUGUAUUUACUAUAUGUAUGUAUCCUCUGUGCGCUUAGUGAACUUAGAAUUAUAUAAUGAUGAGACCUCUUAA